GCUGGAGCACGUGAUUGGCGGAGGCUCGGCAAGGCGAUUGUGACGGAGCCGGUGCCACGCCCCCUGGCGGCAGCAGCAGCGGUAGCCGCGCGGGGCCGAGGCAGAAUUCGAGCUCGAGCCGUUACCGCGGGCGGUGAUCGCGAGGCAGCUGGAGCCCCCGCACCGACUGCAGCGUCACUUCACACCGUCAGCAGGAAGUCCGGGCUGGGCUUCAGCUCAAGGCCGGGAGUCCCUCAAGUCCACGCUGGCUCAACUCUCCACCACUGAAGCCGUCCAGGGAAUGGAGGUUGACUCCCUCCUGAGGUUUUUAUCUGGGAAUGUUGCAAAUCAGGAAGAUCUCUAGACACAGUCUUUAGAAAGAUGCCAGCAGGAGAAAGUGAAGCCCGGGCAAAGACGAAGGCUCAGUUUGAAGAAGUGUUAAAAAACUACUCUGGUUUAACUGUUGGGAAAAAGAAAUCAAAAAAGAACAUACCUCCCCAAGAAAAUAUUGUGCUUGAAAAAUUGAAGAAUAAACUUAGUCUACAGAAGGAUAAUGAAGACGAUGAAACUAUUCUAAAUAACACUUAUAACCCAGAGGAGCAAAGUCCCCGCUUCUCAAAAAACAAAUUGAAUGACAGGACCUCUGUGGCUGAAAAAAUUAACAAUGAUGAGCUCUUUGAAGAUGAAACCCCAGCCAAAACCAAGAAGAAGAAGAAAAAAGCAAGUGAACAUUCUUUUGUCGAGGAGGCCCCUCGACCAGACUCUGUAUCGAUCCUGCCAAAAUCCAGCGAAAAAAGGUCAAAAAGUGCCUUUGGAGAGGAAUACCAGACUGAAAUUGUGAAAAAGAAUGAUAUGGGAGAGGAUGUAGAUUCCCUAAUCCAAGCUUACCAGCAGGCUAUUGCUACCAAAGAUACAGGAGGUGUCAGAAAUAAAGCCAAGAAAGUUAAGGAACAGUCAAUUAAAAAAAUUUCACGCAUGUCUUCAAAAUUAGCCAAGAAACUGGAUAAGAUGAAAACACUGAAAGAGCCAAUGUCAGUGGAGGGGGAAACGAGUGAAAUGCACAUUUCAGAGCUACAGGAUGAAAUUGAUGGUAAAGAAAAGAACAUCCCUCACAGAAAAUUGAGUUCUGAGGUAGAAGAGAUAAACAAUGAUGAAAAAGUGAGACGUAAGCAAGAGAAGAAAAAACAAAGACCAAAAAGAAAGAAGACCAAGAAAAUGAAAAAAGUAACAGAAGAAAUGGAGUCAAAAGAAGAGAUAAUGCAUGAAACAGAUCCAGAGCUAGAGACUGCACUUCAGCAGCAGAAGCCAAAGUAUGUGACUGAUGAAGAUCUGGUCCUUGGUGUAUAUAUCCACAGAGCAGACCUAUUAAAAACAGACAUUCUGACGUCGCAUCCCUCAGUAAAAGUUCAUGUUAUUGACGAAAUGUCAGGGCAAUAUGUAAAGAAAGAACACAGCAAUCGACCUGUCACUUCAUAUUACGAGCAAGAGAACGUGGAACACAUCCUUCCCAUCAUAACACAGCCAUACGAUUUUAGGAAAAAUAAAUCAGCAAUUCCAGCAUGGGAGGAGCAAAUUAUAUUCAAUGAGCGAUUUGGUUACUUUCUUCAUGAAUUUAUGGAUUCGCCUUCUAGUCUUCUGUUCUUUGAGAUCCUUGAAUUUGUAAGUAUGGAUGAAGCCAAAGCCAACUAUGCAACUCAAAGUAGUGAAGGAGGUUGGCGAAAAAUAGCUUGGGCAUUUCUAAAGCUGGUGGGUGCUAAUGGAGUGUUGAAUAUUGAUCGAAAACUGCGCCUGCAGUUAUAUUAUCCACCUGUAAAAAUCAAGAAGCUUUCCAAUUCCAUUGAUGUGUUUGAAUGGUGGAAGAAACGCCCUUGGAAUCAUUACCCUUCAACUUUAUACGUUACAGUGAAAGGCUUAAGGCUACCUCAAAAUGUAAAUCCCUCUGUACGUUCCAUGAUGGCUGUUCAACGAGAACAAGGCACUAUCUCCUUCAAUGAUCUUCAAACUGAGCUGGCACAAGGAGCUGUUUCAUCAACUCUAGAUUACCAGAAUUUGGAUCUUUUGAAGUGGACUAGACUACCUGGACAGGUUUGUCGUAUUCCAAACAAGCUUUUGCUAUCAUUUCGAGGAGGACAGACAGGAUGUUACUUCAUACAAUUUUCUCAUGAUGGAAGAAAUUUGGCAGCAUCAUGUGCUGACCGAAAAGGCCAUUUUAUUAUGGUUUAUGAAAUUCCUUCUGGGCACCUAUUAGGAGAAUUAAAUGGACAUUUUAACAUUGUGUACUCUCUAUGCUGGUCAAGUGAUGAUAAAACCAUUCUCUCAGCAUCAUCAGAUGGUACAGUAAGGGUUUGGAAUACAGAAAACUAUCAGAGUCCAGCUGAAAAGAUCCUUCCACACCCUUCAUUUAUUUAUACUGCAAAAUAUCAUCCAUUUGUACAGUACCUUGUAGUUACAGGAGGUUAUGAUUCCAUCAUCCGCGUCUGGAAUAUAAAUGUGAAUGAAGUGAAUGGUCAGUUGCUUCAGGAAUUUGAUGGUCACAAGAGCUUCAUUAACACACUGUGUUUUGAUGCUGAAGGGCUACGCAUGUUCUCUGGUGACAGUUCAGGACUGGUUAUUUUUUGGAGCACUGUUGUAAAUCAAAGUUCACCAGAAAGCUUGGUUCAGCAGUGGACAAUUGCUGAGAACAUAAUGCAGAAUGAUCUAAAAGGUGUUCCUAUAAAUCAUCUGGAAGUUCACCCAAAUGGCAGACGUCUACUUAUCCAUGCCAGAGACAGCACUCUAAGAGUGAUGGAUCUAAGAGUAUUGGCUGCAAAGAAGUAUACAGGAGCUACAAAUUACCGUGAGCAGCUAUACAGCACAUUCACACCAUGUGGGACGUUUCUUUUUUCUGGUAGUGAAGAUGGGAUAUGUUAUGUUUGGAAUUCAGAGACAGGGGACCAAGUGGCAAUGUAUUCUGAUCUUAAUUAUACAUCAGCUGUCCGAGAUGUAGCCUUUCAUCCUCAUGAACACAUGGUGGCUUUUUGUGCCUUUGGACCAAAUCAGCCUAUACUUGUCUUUAUGUACGAUCAGAAAGUUGCUCAAAUGGAGGCUGAGACUAUGAAAGAAGUGUGUAAGGCAAACUUGAAGCCUGGAAACACGUCUACACCUAAAGGACCUAGGAUUUUUCGCAGCACUUUUGAUAGUAUUUUUGAUGGUAGCACUGUAUAUAAUGGCUCGUUUUCUUCAAUUAGUCAUUCAUCAAGGAUAUCGAUGAAAAUGCAAAAAGUCAAACAGAAACUGGACACAGUCAUGGAAUCAGUUCAACAGAGCACUUCAGAAACGGAUUUUGCAAACCAAGGAGUGGUUCCAAUGAUGUCAUUGGAUAUGACUUGGGAUUCCUCUUUUAGUUCCGUGGGCAGCUACUACUAUAAUAGUACCCGGUCAAAUCUCCUUCUUCCUGCACCAUCACUGUUGUCACCACACUCUAAGCUAAGGCUUCCAACUACAGUGGGUGCUCAGCUGUUAUCGCAGCAGUCACUGACUUCACAGGCUGGCGGAUUCAGUCCUGUCGGACAUCGUUUUGGCAGAGCUCCAUCAGUCAAACUAGAGAAGACUUGUGAAAAACCUACAAUAUCUUCAAUCAAAGUAGAAGCCGAAUCUAACGCACCAGUGGAAGAAUCUGUCGUAGCUCUUUAUGACUACACAGCAAAUCGAUCAGAUGAGCUAACCAUCCAGCGUUUUGACAUUAUCCAAGUGCUGUACAAAGAUAAUGCGAGCUGGUGGUUUGGUCGCCUGGCCAAUGGAAAACAGGGCUACUUUCCUGCAAAUUAUGUGGCUAAUGAAAGAAUACCUGAUGAAACAGAGCAGAAUCAACAAAGCACCAGUCCUAUGGCCGCAUAUAAAGGUGGAGAGACAGAAGAAAAAUCCCCAACCCCUACCCAGAUGUCAGCAGUCAUCAGCAAGUCUGGGGAACUCAAGUUGAUCUCUGAGCAUGACACAGAUACAGAGUCACCUGUGAAACCGGCAUCUCAGAAGAAGAAGAACAAGAAGAAAAAGCAGAAAGCAGCAACUCAGUCAUUGAGUGAGACAGCUUCUACAUCCAGUUUAAUAGUCGCUGAAAGUGAGUAUAAAAUUGAUUCAGGAAUCGCAAGAAAGAAAACAAAGAAGAAACCUGUUAAAGACCACUACCCAACUGGAGGAAUUAAUGAUGCUUUUGAGCAAGACUAGAACAGUUCCUUAAGAAAACAAAACACUCUUUGUAAAAACAACAAGGUGAAAGAACGAAAAGGACUUGUCCGUUAUUCUUAUAGAAUAAGUUGCAAUAAUUUUCAGUAAUCUAGAAAAUGUGCACUGUUUUGCAGUUUAGCACUACCUUAAUAAAGAUGACCUCUGACAGUACCAAAAAAGUAAAUGUUUUCUCGCAGAACAGCUUGAACAACACUAUCAAAAAAUUAGGUUAAUGAUUGCAUGGGGUUGAUUAUUUUAAUUUAAAUAAUUGAAGGAGAGCUUGCUUAUUAUGUAUUGUGCUCAAAUCAGCUGUAAAGGUAUUAAAUGAGAACAAAAUGUAUUAUAUUUGAAAAAGCCUUUGUUAUCAGAAUAAAAUUUAUGCCUAUUUUAUAUCUAUUAUUUAAGAAAGCAUUUUUAUCAGACCAAAUUAAUGUUUGUAACAAAAGCUGAAAUUGCUGGAGAAACUCAGUAGGUCUGGCAGUAUCUUUUGAGAGAAAGCAGGUGUCCCUGGACCCACACCAUUAAUUGUGCUUUCUGUCCACAGGUGCUUCCAGACCUGCUGCAUUUCUCCAACAAUUUUAUUUUUUAUUUCAGAUUUCCAGCAUCCACUGUUCUUUUGUGUUUUUUAAAAUUAAUGUUUGUGUUAUUUCAUGUUUUUGUUAGUACUUGUGUUGAAAGUUAAAUUAACUUAUUGUUUCUGAUGUUUGAUGAAAAUCAUCUUUGUUUUUAAUAUUCAUUGUCUAAUUUACCUAAUGCAAUCAAUUCAGUGGCUAUGGUACAGUUUAUCUGAACAGUCUUUAAACCAAUCAAAACAGAGUUAAAAGAAUGAAAAGAAGCAUCCAUUAUAUCAAAUCCAUCAAAUUUACUUUCGGCCUUCAUUCUUCUAAAGCACCUUUAUACGUGAUGUCUAUUUGUGUUUAUCUAAAUUAACCUGAAAUUUCAAUUCCUGUUUAGCCAAAUUAGUCUGUAUUUGAAGGAAAACAAUCAAUUAUUUAAAGCAUGCAACUUAAUUAAAAUGUACUUUCUCAUAAUUGAAGAUUUACUUUUUAAAAGCUUGUAAUAAUUAUCGGCAAAUGAAAAUUUCCACACAGUAUAUGCUCACAUUUUAGAAAGCUUUUUUUUCUAAUUUUAUAGCUAUUAGUAAUACAAUACUGUUUUAGCCUUAAUCAUCAGCUAAAGAAAGCUUUUGAAACUCUUGUUGCAACUUGGCACAGAAUUUAUACCUGUAUGUUUUGAGUGUUUUUUACGAUUACCUUUUUCAGUAGUUAAUGAACAUGAUUAAAGCAACAAAUAAUUUAU